UUUUUACACAAUUCAACUUAAAGUAUAUAUUUUAACCAUUUUCAUUAUAUUUUUAAUUUGUCUUUUGGUUCACCGAUAUAUUAAUAUUAUUCUAUUUGAUUAACUGUUAUUCAUAAAUUAACACAAUUAUACCACAUCACAAAUUAUUCCAUAUGUAUUAUUUAUAUAAUUUGCAUUUUAACAGGCUCAUAAUGGAAAUUUAUAUAGUUUAUUUUUUAUAUACGUACCUGAGCAUGGUAUCAGGUGUAAGAAGAAACCGAUCUUCAGAUAACCUCGUUAUAAACUCUCUUAACCGAAUAUUUAAAAUCAAUGGAGACAUAAAGAAGAUCGGAGAUAUAAAACGUUCCCUAAAGGACCAACACGGAUAUCAUGAUAACGAGAUUUUAUCAAGUGGCAGGAUUCUGAAAGACGAUGAAGAGUAUUCAAAGGAUGAACAUAAAAAAUUAUACACAGUUUCAAAAAUUAGAGGAGGAUUGAACAUUUCAGUCCAAACAAUGCAAGGAAAGACAAUACAGUUACAAGUAUCGCAAAAUGAAACAGUACUGGAUUUAAAAAACAAAUUGGAAAAGGAACAGACGAUUCCUGUGGACCAGCAGCGACUCAUAUUUGAUGGCAAGCUUCUAGAGAACGGAAAAACGAUUUCAGACUACGGAAUCAAAGAGAAUGCAGUGAUACAACUAGUUUUAAGGCUAAGAGGUGGAUAGUGGGUAGUUUUAAUUUUUUUGUCGUAAAUUUAACAUUAAAAAUUCACCGUUAAUAUAUUUUAGUAAUCAUAUAA